GCCGGAAGCGGAAGCAGUGCCGAACGAACAAACAAAAAUGGCGAGCCAAGAGGAUUCUGUACGGGAGUUCGUGGCUGUUACUGAUGUCGACGAGGAGAGGGCCCGCUUCUUCUUAGAGUCUGCUGGUUGGAAUUUGCAGCUUGCACUUGGUAGUUUCUUUGAGGAUGGAGCUGAUGAUGACAUCGUGGCUCUGCCUCACCCUGAAGGAGGUUCCUCAAUCUCCAGAUCCAUUGUACCAAGUUCUCAGCACCGAGUGACGUCAUUCAGGGACUUGAGGCACGAAGCAGACGACGACAGUGAUGAGGAGGAAGGUCAAAGGUUCUUCGCAGGCGGAUCAGAACGCAGUGGGCAGCAAAUCGUAGGGCCUCCGAAAAAGAAGAGUCCCAACGAUGUGGUGGAAGAUCUGUUCAAAGGGGCCAGAGAACACGGCGCUGUGCCUCUGGAGCGCAGUGGGAAAGGGGCAGGAGAAUCUAGCAAAGCAAAAGCCUUCGACGGAGGCGGUUACAGGUUAGGAGCAGCUCCUGAGGAGGAAUCAACAUACGUUUCUGCUGGGAGACGCGAUCCCAAUGCCCAACAGGAUGUGAGUAGACGCUAUGGCCAUGUACACGUUGUGCUGAAACUGUGGAAGACCGGUUUCAGUCUGGAUGACGGCGAACUCCGAAACUACAAUGAUCCUGGAAAUGCUCACUUCCUUGAGGCAAUCCGCAGAGGGGAGAUUCCCUUAGAGCUAAGGCAGCGUUCACGUGGGGGCCAGGUCAAUCUGGACAUGGAGGACCACAGAGACGAGGACUUCACCAAACCCAAAAUGGCCUUCAGAGCCUUUGGAGGAGAGGGACAAAAACUCGGAAGUGCCGCCCCAGAGUUGGUUUCAGCCCCCGCCCCCUCUCAGCAGGACCAGGCGGCGAACGAAGCCCAGGCCAGUGCCUCCGUGAGCCUGGACACCUCCCAGCCCAUCACCAACAUUCAGAUCCGACUGGCAGACGGCGGCAGGCUGAUUCAAAAAUUCAACCAUACCCACAGGGUGUCUGACCUGCGGCAGUUUGUGGUGGCGGCCCGGCCCACCAUGGCCGCCAGAGCGUUCGUCCUGAUGACCACCUUCCCCAACAAGGAGCUGUCAGACGAGAGCCAGACACUUCAGCAGGCCAACCUCCUCAACGCCGUCAUUGUGCAGCGGCUACAAUGAGGCUGGAGGUGAAGACCACCGCCCAACCCCCGAGCGGCCCACCUUUCCCCCCCUCCUUGGCACCUGCUGCUCCUCCCUGAGGAGGAGGAGACACAGACUUCUGUUUGGACCUCUUAAUUUCUCAUUUUUGUUUUCUAAAAGGAAUUAUCUCUAGCAUUGAUCUCUCGUUCAUGCUGACAGCCGAAGAAGAGAUGUUGCCGGUUUUCUAGCCUUGACAGCUACAGUACAUGGUGCCCAUGAAUAAAGUAGCCGAGUUCACACUCAUUUGGUUCUAAAUUCACACGCACCUACAUUGUUGCUUAUGUGGAACAAAUGGACAAACUACAAAAAAAGUCAAUUUUGGUUCAAAUUAGCUAUGAGUUUUCUUGUUUUGAUUUACAGUAUAUGAUGACUAUCCCAGCUAAACUGCAGGGUUUUGUUUUCACGUGGCAUCACCGAUGGUUAUUGGUUUAUUAUUAAUAUGAACUGAUUAUUGAAUAAUAAGUGUUCAUAUUGUAGAUUGUAAACACUGGCUUGUAGCUGUGGAAGGUGGACAUCUUCUAUGCAUCCUGGGGCAACAUGGGAAUAUGUUUGGACCUCCUGAGGAAAUAAAUUCAUUUUAUGGUCUAUGUGUAGA